AUGUCAAACGACGACCUCAAGGCGCACGCCGCCUCAAACCAAGAUUUCUACGCUCUCCUCGAUAUUCCACCAUCCUCCACUGAAUCUGAGAUCCGCCGCGCAUAUCGACGCACGGCACUGAAGUACCACCCAGACAAGAUCGCAAACCCGACGGCAGCAGACAUCGACAAGUUCCACUUCCUCCAGAUUGCCUACGAUGUUCUUUCAGACCCAACAGUGCGCCAGCUCUACGACAAUGCGCGGGAAGCCCGGCAGCGCAAACAGCGCGAGCGGGAGAUGAUGGGCGCCGCGAAACGGAAGAUGCGCGAAGACCUAGAAGCGCGGGAGAGGGCUGGCGCCGCUGAAAUGGGUGGUGUCAGCAUGAAGCAGGGCGUCAAGAGGGCAUGGGCGGCUGGUGGCGAUGACGAUGCCGAGGAGAAGCUGCAGCGCGAGAUUGAUCGAAUUGCGGAGGACGGUCGGCGGAGACGCCGCGAGGCCGAGGAUAAACUCAAGAAAGAGCUUGAUGAGGAACAGAAGAAGAUGCAGCAGGAGGAAGAGGAGGCUCGCAAGGCGGCCGACCACACCGCUCAGCGCGUGGACCGGUCGAAGGAGGGCGGUGGCGCGGAGAUUCCUGAACUUGAGCGUGCGGUGAAAGUGCGCUGGGUGCGGGAGGGGCGUGGGCUGGAACUUGAUAUUGAGCGACUGGCGGUACUGUUCAAGCCGUUUGGGAAGAUUGAGAAUACCUUUGCGCUCAAAGAUAAACGUCAACGGAUCGGGGAGAAGAAGGAGAAGAAGACUGUUGCGACGGGCGUGGUUGUGUUCACGUCUAUUGUGAGCGCUCACGCUGCUGUUCUUGAUAGUGAGAAGAAACUGCGUCAACAUGCUGGCCAGGAUGGGGAAUGGGGUCUUAUCGAGUCUGUCUUCUGGGCCACAGGCACCCAACCUGAUAUUGGUCUGGGCACAAGCAGCAAUGCUGCUCCAGACCCUGUUACAUCCCCCAAACCUGUGGAAUCUGAGACCGCGCCUACACCGUCGAUUCCCUCCACUAAGACUACUAAUGGGUCUGCUAAGCCUUCCUUCAACUUCCCGGGGCUAAACUCAGCUCCUCGAUCCGCUAACACGCCAUCAUUUGGCUCCUUCGCUUCCGCAUCUGCCGCAGCAGCUGCACCGAAAGCAUCUUCAUUCAAUCCAUCCGCCAAGGCCCCAGGCGCGCCUAAUAUGCAGGAAUUGAUGAUGAUGAGAUUAAAAAAUGCGCAACGCGAGAAGGAGCGCAAAGCGCUCGAGGAAGAGCUGGCACGAGAAGACGAGGCCGCGGAUGCAGCAGAAGCAGCGGCAGAAGCGGCCGCCAAGGGCAUCUAG